UUUAAACAAACAUAGCUAAUGCUGAAGAUGGCGGAUGCGUAGAAGUGGCUUAAAGAAACUGGAGUGUUUCACUGGAUACAUUUAAACCGCUGCUGAUAUGUUUUAAACAUGAGCGGAGUGGGUGAGAACUCACUUGAGCCGUUGUGCUCGGACCGAAAGCGCAAACUCUCCACAUGUGACACACCAGGACAAGGAUGUGAUAAGCGCAGGAGGGAACAGGAGAGCAAGUAUAUCGAGGAGCUGGCCGAACUGAUUUCGGCCAACCUUAGUGACAUCGACAGCUUCAAUGUCAAACCAGACAAAUGUGCCAUCCUUAAAGAGACAGUGCGCCAGAUACGACAGAUCAAAGAGCAAGGUAAAAGCUCAUGUGGCGAUGAUGAUGUCCAGAAGGCGGAUGUGUCCUCUACCGGUCAAGGGGUCAUCGACAAGGACCAUCUGGGCCCUCUGUUGCUGCAGGCUCUGGAUGGGUUUUUGUUUGUGGUGAGUCGUGAAGGCAGCAUUGUGUUUGUGUCAGAUAAUGUGACUCAGUACCUGCAGUAUAAACAGGAGGAGCUGAUCAGCACCAGCAUCUACAACAUACUGCAUGAGGAAGACCGAGACGAACUGCAUAAACACCUGCCCAAAAACAAUGGUCCCAACAGUGUGUCAUGGGGCGGUGAUGCCUCCCGUCAGAAGAGUCACACAUUUAACUGUCGCAUGCUGGUGAAGUUUGGCCGUGGCGGUCCUGGAGGUGAAGAAGGCACCGGUGGGCCUCGCUAUGAGACCAUGCAAUGUUUCGCUCUCACACAGCCUAAAGCAAUGAUGGAGGAAGGGGAAGAUCUGCAGUCUUGUAUGAUUUGUGUAGCACGGAGAGUGACGGCAGUGGAAAGGACAGAACGAUUCAGUACUAGACACGAACUGUCAGGUAAACUGAUCGAGAUCGAGCAGCAGAGCCUGUUGCACACCACCAUGCGUCCUGGCUGGGAGGAUUUAGUGCGCAGGUGUAUGCAGAUGUUCCUGCAUCGCAGUGAGGGUCAACCCUGGUCCUACAAGAGACACUAUCAUGAAGCAUAUGUUCAUGGUAGAGCAGAGACUCCACCCUAUCGGUUCUCUUUGUCAGAUGGCACUCCAGUAACAGCACAAACGCGAAGUGAGCUCUGCCGAAACCCUGUCACCAAUGACCCGCUCACUUUCCUCUCUACUCAUCUUCUGCAGAGGGAGCAAAAUGGAUACCGACCCAAUCAGGGUGGUGUAAUGCGAUCAGUUAUGGGCAAUGCCAAUCCGAAUGCCCAGAUGGGCAUGGGCAAUACCAGAGGCUAUGGCAUGAACGAGCAAGGUCACAUGGGACCCAGAGGAGCUAUGUACGGCCCAGGCAACAGGAUGAAUCAAAUGAACCCGAUGCACCAGAUGAAUUCAAUGAAUCAGAUGAAUUGCAUGAAUCAGAUGAACUCCAUGAAUCAGAUGGGCCAUCCCGGCAUGAAUCAGCACCAGCAGGGUCAAUUUCACGGUGGUGGCUAUGGAAUGGGCAUGACAAGUCCCUCCCAAGGAAGCCCUGGUAUGAACCCUGCUCAGCAGAAUCUCAUGGGGUCACCACGGAUACGAGGGAGUCCUAAAAUGGGUGCAAGUCCUUUCUCACCUGGAGGCAUGCACUCUCCCAUGGGUCCUGUGGGAAUGGGCGGCAGUGGUGGAUCUUCUGGUCCAUCAGGUGGCAACACUUUCACCAAUAGUUCUUUGAAUGCUCUCCAGGCCAUCAGUGAAGGCGUUGGCUCUUCUCUACCUUCAGCUCUCAACUCACCUGCCCACAAAUCCGACAGCUCUCCCAGCAUCAACUCGACCCAGUCAAGCCAGCAAGGCCAGACCGGCAACAGCAAACCCAGCUCUGGGGAUUCCAAGAGCCCGUCAAGUGCUCACAGCACAGGGUUAGAGCAGCAACAGGCUUCUUCAUCGGAGACCACGGAUAAACCGGACAGUCAGUCCAGCAAGGAUGCUUCCACUGCGGCCGAAGCCAACCGGAGAGUCCCUGAUGGAAAGGGCCAUAAGAAGUUACUUCAGUUGCUCACAUCCCCAACUGAAGAGAUUGGGUCUGGUGGACCUGUCCCAGGUUGUGCCUCCACUCCAAUGGGUCCUGACUCAAAGGAGGCAGGAAGUGGCAUGAUGAGUCCUUCAUCGACGGGAGUGUCCUCCUCAUCUGGUUCAUUAUCGGGGAAUAACGUAAAUCAGCAAGGCUCGGGAGGAGUGUCGUCCACGGCUUGUCACGGUGGCUACCACAGUUCUCACACCUUACAGGAGAAACACAAGAUACUCCACAAACUUCUUCAAAAUGGAAACACUCCCGACGAGGUGGCUCGCAUUACAGCCGAGGCCACUGGUAAGUCCUCUCUUGGUUCAGAGCCCCCAGGUGCUGAGGGGAGGAAUCUAGAUCUCAAGCAGGAACAGCACAGCCCGAAAGAAGGAAAAAAACCACAAGCCCUCCUUCACUACCUCCUCAAUAAGGACGACUCCAAAGAGCCCAAUGCAGCAGAGGUCAAGUCAAAGCUGGAGGAGCUGGAAGGGAGAGGGGUCACUGGAGGGCAGGGGUCAGGGGUCACAACCUCAAAUUCUAACAGCCAGGAGGGCAAAGUCAAGAUCGAACCUCCCGAUGAGCUGGAUAAUUUGGAGAGUAUUCUCGGAGGGCUGAGGAAUUCUGGUUCUGGAAUGUUUGCUGAUUCUGGAACUGGAGGAACGGAAGGGGGCAAUAAGCAGGGCAAUGGACCUAACAGCACCGCACAUGACCGGGAGGGUGUUUGUAUGGGCUCUGGUCAACGUGUGCCCUUCCAGAGGGCUGUGUCUGUCGAUGGUAAACCCUUGAGCGGUCCGGGCAUGACUGGUAGGAGGAGAGCCCCUUCCUCUCUUGUCAAACAGGAGCAUACUGACACCCAGAUAGGCAUGGGAGGUCCAAACAGGCCAAUGGGAAUGCCCAAUCGUCCCCCCAUGGCAAGUGCAGGAGAUUGGGGAAUGUCCAGUUCCGGCAGCCCUGUCGGACACCCUGGCAUGGGUCGCACAGGCAUCGACCACAAUCCCAAGAGCAUGAUGGGAGGACCCAUCGUUAACCGAUCAAACAGCGUUCCUGCAACCAGAUCUAUGUUGCAGCAGCAGUUGAUGGAUAUGGGGCCUUAUGAUGUAGGAAUGGGUAUAAAUUCGUUCAGUGGGCAGGCACCUCCACCACAGUCCCCUUCGUGGCCAGACAGUGGGAUGAGAAUGGAGGGAGCACAGAAUGCAAACAGGCUGCCAUUUAAUAACUCUCUGGAUGACCUACUGGUCCCUCCGUCUACCACUGAGGGUCAGAGUGAUGAGCGAGCUCUGCUGGACCAGCUGGACUCUCUACUCAACAACACUGACGUUAUCGCUCUGGAGGAGAUCGACCGUGCCCUUGGCAUACCAGAUCUCAUCAACCAGGGUCAUAGUUCAGACCAGCCCCCUCCGACAGACCCCUUCUCUGGUCAUGGUCCGGGACCUGACUCCUCUAUGGGUAUGGACCCCAAGGGCAUGUAUGGGCAGGGCUACCCGGGCCCCCCUUCCAUGGGAAUGCAGGGUGGAUAUGGCCGUGGUCCUGGACCUGGUCCCAUGCCAGGGCAGUCUGGACCAGGGUUUAACCCCAUGAUGAGUCAGAUGAACCAGCAGGGUGGCUUCCCCGGAAUGGGCAGUAUGGGCGGUAUGCACCCUCGUGCUAAUAUGACAAGGCCACGGAUGGGGAAUCCGACCAGAUACCAGCUGCAGCAGAGACUGCAGGGACAGCAGUUUUUGAACCAGAGCAGGCAGGGCAUGGGGAUGAGGCCAGAUAACAACCCUGCAGGAAACCCUGGCAUGAGACCUAGCAUGCAGUCAGGCAUGGGCGGCCAGCCUGGUUUCCUGAAUGCACAGAUGAUGGCCCAGCGCAGCAGAGAAAUGAUGAAUCUUCAAACAGAGAUGAGAAGACAGAGGAUGAUGAUGAUGAUGCAACAGCAGCAACAGCAGCAGGUUGCAGCCGGAGGCUUCAGUCCCCCUCCUAAUGUCACAGCUCCCACAGGAAUGGACAACCCUAUGGGAGGGCCACCAAUGACCCAGCCCGGCCAGCAGCCCUUUAACUAUGGAGGCAGCUAUGGUAUAGGCCAGCAGGGGGAUCCUUCAUUUGUGGCAACAGGCAGCAGCCCCCCUAAUAAUAUGAUGUCUGGCCGUAUGGGUGGCCCUCAGAAUCCCAUGAUGCAACAGCACCCUCAGAGCAAUCCCAUGUACCAGUCUGCAGAGAUGAAAGGCUGGGGACAGGGGCCUAUGCCCAUGAAUAAUUCAUACUCGCAGCAGCAGCAAUAUCCCCAGCAGGGGGCGCCGGGACAGUAUGGGGCAAUGAUGAUGAACGGCUCCAUGCAAGGAGGUGUAAAUGGCAACGGUGCAGGACAGAUGCCCCCAAUGCAGGGCCAGAUGGGCAUGAACACCAUGGGUAUGGGACGCAUGCCAAUGGGACCCGAUCAGAAGUACUGCUGAGGAGAUGAGCCAUCUCUGUCAAAGCUGGAUUCGAACUCGGGACUCACACAUCAGUCCAGUGAGGAAAUGUCAACACGAAGCUAUAAAAUCCACCUAGUAGGGGAUAAAUCACUGGAAAUCUCCAGUGAAAACUUGACUGAGAGAGAGAAAGACAUGGAACGGGAGAGAGAGAGAGACUCAAGCCUUCUCUGUGGGCUUCUUUCUGAAUAUGCCCAGUAGCGAGUGCAGCAGGCUCUCUCCUGUCCCAUGUGGCUGUACUGCAGUACACAACAUAACCACCAGGGGGAUCAGAGUAGGAAUGGCUGUGGUACAACUCGACAGUGUGGGGGAGCACUUUAUUUUAAGGCUAGUACGGAAAAGGAUAGUUGCAAUAUAUUUCUUGCUUUUCUAGCCUUAUAGAACAAUUAUGUGCAUAUUGUCCAUUUUGAAUUUGUUUCGGACAAGCCUCGUUUUAAAGAAAACCGUGGGAAUUGUAAACACCAGAACUUCAUCACUUGCGCAUAUCAAAGCAAUAAUCCUCCUCUCAAUGCCACCGGCUCAAAGCGGUGUGUCAACAAAAAGCAAAUGGUACUGCAGUAUUAGACAGGAUUUUUUUUCUUUUUUUGUGUGUGAAUAAGAUUAGAAUUGUAAAUACUGUCUGCUACAUAUGUAUCAUACAUGCUUUUACUACAUACUUUUUUUGCACAGCGUUUGGGCCCGGUUAGGUCCAUCUUAUCUAUAUUUUAGGUCAGUACUGCUCUGGGUUUUACAUCUAUUUUAACUUUUGUCAAAGGGAGAAAAUAUUUUAUUUUUAUCCUUUCCAGCACAGCCUCUUUUUCUUUCUUUUUUUUUCUUUUUUCUUUUUCCAACAGUGACUGCUAUUAUGUUUGGAUGGCACUAUUUCUAACAUCACUAACAUGUUAUGCAGUGACGGUUUCAUAAUUUUAUUUUCAUUUCCAUUUGUACUCCUGACCGAAAAAAAAAAAAUGGUGCAAGUUUUCCGAUGAUACGCAAAGAUUAUGUUUGUUGUUGCUUUUUGAGCUAGCUCUUAAUAAGGAAAAUUACUCACUUUUCUCACUGUAUCAUACUGUUGGUUCUUCAGAAAUCUACCUUUAAGAAACAUGCACAAUCCAAAGAUGUUUUUUUUUCAGUCUUUUUUUCCUGUUUUCUCAAGUUUGAUUACAGAAAUGUAUCCAUUUACAUGUUUUCGCGCAAAUGCGCGGAGUAAAAGGUACAUAUCAUAUGAACAUAUUACUACAUAUUAUGAUUUUGUACUAUAUACUGUAUACAUACAAAACCAAGUAUACCUGUUUAUUUUUGAGGCCAGUUAAUAUUUUAGCAGUAUUGUCUGUGCUUUUGGAGGGUUUCUCUAUCAUGCGGUUUAUUCGCUCUUCAGUUUAAGUUUUGUUAGAUUUUGAUGAUUAUGAAUUAUCUACAGAACUGCCAAGACUUAUAACUUGUAACUACACACCUCGUUUUAAAACUUUUCUUAAACCACUUUUAAGAGCCUCUUGGAUGUAGUAGUCCAGUCUUUACCAUCAGUGACUUCAAAUAGUGCUGAUUCCCAGAUGUGGGAAUGAAAUACAGUUGGGAAACUAAUAAUACAUCAGUCUUUUCAGGAAAGCAACACUAUCAUUUGUGUUAAUUUCGCUAGGUUACUGUUGAUUGUGACAGAGUAUAUUUUGAAAUGAUUAUUCCGGGAAAUUGAGGUUACUGUGGAGUGUUUUCAGAACUGGUUGACUGAGGGGUGUGAACGGAAGAUAAGCUCACAUUUUACAGGAUGUAAAUUACAAUACACUUAAUUAUUUUGCUUGAUGUUGAUAUUGUUGUAAAUAAAAGUUCUAUUUAAACGUGA